AUGGCCCAAAUUGGAGUUAUUCAAGCCUCUCCUCACUCCUCUAGUAGUGCUGCCAGAGAAGUGGUUCUUCAGAAGGCUCUCCAAGAGCAACUCCUGCGUGAGGAAAUUUUGUGGAAACAAAAAUCAAGGGAGUUAUGGCUUUCUUGUACAGACCUUAAUACAAAAUUUUUCCAUGCCUCUAAUGCUUGCCGUCGUAGGUACAACUCCAUCUCUUGUCUUAUUGAUAAUGGGGUCAGUGUUAUGGGUAGGGAGAAUAUUGGUUCUUUGCUGGUGGAUCAUUUUCAUUCUCGUUUUACUACUUCUCACCCUUCUUUUGAUGAUGAUUUUGCUGGUUUGGUGGAUAAAGUGAUAACUGAUGAUGAUAAUAUGCUUUUAUGUGUAAUUCCUACUGAAGAGGAGAUUUUUACGGCUAUCACUGAUCUUGGUCUUAAUAAAGCUCCUGGCCCUGAUGGCAUGACAGGGCUUUUUUAUAAAACUUACUGGCCUAUUGUGAAGCUUAGUGUUAUUGCCUCAGUGCAAUCUUUUUUUAGAGGAGGUUUUUUGCUAAAAGAGUUCAACCAUACUAAUAUUGCUCUCAUCCCCAAGGUGGAUAAUCCUUCAAGGGUGAAUCAAUUUAGGCCUAUUAGUCUUACCAAUUUCAACUAUAAGAUUAUUUCAAAAAUCUUGGCUAAUAGGCUUAAACCUCUUCUUCAUAAAAUUGUCUCUCCCAUGCAGUCUGCUUUUUUGAAAGGGAGAUCUAUCCAUGAUAAUUCUAUUUUAGCGCAUGAAGUUUUCCAUUCUAUGAGACAGAAAAGAGGAAAUGGAGGUCUUAUGGCUUUGAAAUUGGAUAUGGAAAAGGCCUUUGACUCUAUGGAAUGGAGCUUUAUUUUGAAAAUUAUGGAGCUUCUUGGCUUCCAGCCCACUUGGAUUAACUGGAUUAGCCAAUGUAUUACCACCUCCUCCUUCUCCAUUCUUCUUGAUGGUGCUCCUUUUGGAAAAUUUUUUCCUUCAAGAGAUGAUGUUAUGAUUUUCUCCAAGGCUAAUUUGGCUGAAGCUAAUGUUAUUCUCAAGUGCAUUUCUUUGUACUCUCUUUGGUCUGGACAAUGUAUUAAUCAAGCCAAGUCUGCUAUAUUCUUUAGUAAGAAUUGUAAGCCUGCAGUCAAGGCUUCGGUUAAUGGUGUUCUAAAGCUGGCUCCUAUUCCUGCUCGUGCCAAGUAUUUGGGGAUUCCUUUAUUUAUUUCUCGGAAUAAGAAGGACUCUUUCUCUGAGCUCAAAGAUAGGAUUUUUGCCAAGGUGACGGGUUGGAAAGCUAGGCUUCUUUCUCAGGCUGCAAGAACCACUCUUUUGAAAUCAGUGCUAAAUGCCAUCCCUACAUACUUUAUGUCUCUCUUCCUUAUUCCUAAGUCUCUUUGCUCUGAGAUAGAUUCGGUUUUGAGAAAAUUUUGGUGGGGUUUCCCUCAAGACAAAAGGCACAAUCUCUCUUUUCUUUCUUGGGAUAGCAUCUGCCAGCCUAAGAGCUUGGGUGGGCUAGGUAUUAGCUCAAUGAAAUUUCUUAAUAGCUCCUUGUUGGCUCGGCUUGGUUGGAAGUUGACCUCAAAUGAACCUCUUCUUUGGGUUGAUGCCCUUAAGGGGAAGUAUUUGCAGCAAGGUUUUUCUUUUUUGGAGGCCCCUUAUAAUCCUGUCUCUUCUUGGCUUUGGAAAGGGUUGAUAAAAAAUAGGAAGGUGGUGGAGAAGGGCGCUUGUUGGUCUAUUUCUUCUGGUGUGAAUAUUCCUAUUUGGAGUUCUCCUUGGAUUCCCUCCCAACCUAAUUUUAAUCCCAGGCCGAAUGCUCUUCUUACGGAGCUUCCAGAUUUUUUUGUGGCUGAUCUUAUGCUCCCGGGUGAGCGUUCUUGGAACGUGGAUCUUUUGAGAGAUCUUUUCUCUCCUUCUACGGUUUCAAGCAUCCUCAGCAUUCAUAUCUCUCAGGUUAGCUCAGCAGAUAAAUGGUCUUGGGCGCCAUCUCCUUCUGGUCUUUUCUCUGUGAAAUCUGCCCGUGAAGUUUCUUUGACUCCAUCUAGCAGAAUUUCUCCUCUCUCUCCGGCAAUUUGGCAGGCUCUUUGGGGCCUCAAGCUUCAAGCUCGUUUGAAGCAUCUUCUUUGGAAGAUUGCUUGGGAUUUGCUUCCUUCAAGGGCUAAUAUUGGUAGGUUUGUUGUCUCUGAUGAUUCUAAUGCAUGGGUGUGCCCCUUCUGUAAAGGUCCUCUUGAGACCUUGACCCAUAUUUUCUUGGAGUGUAAUCUGGCUUGUUCUCUCUGGAGUAGCUCUUCAUGGCCAAAUGUGAUUUCUGCUUUUUCGUCCAAGCCUAUUCAGGAGUGGAUUAUUGCUGUUGUGUAUCCAGCUGAAAAGUUGGCUAUUCCUAGUGCUGAGGUUCGUCAUUUUCAGCUUUUUGCUGCUCUCUCCUUGGAUCUAAUUUGGUUGUCCAGAAAUAAAUUGGUUCAUGAGGCUCUCCUCCCUGAUCCGGCUAAGGUUACUCAGCAUCUUCACUCUAAUUUGGGUUUUCAUCUUUCGGCUUGGAAGAAGGCUUCUCUUCCUUCCUUGUGGAUUCCUCCUCUUGUGGGCUGUUUAAAGGGGAAUUUUGAUGUUGCCAUUAAAGGCAAUUUUGCUGUUGCUGCAGCAGUUAUUAGUGACUCUUCUGGGGAGAUUUUAGCUGCUGCCACCCUGAAACUCCACUCCUCAGAUGCCCUUUUGGGAGAAGCCAUGGCUGCUCUUCUUGCUACUCGGCUGGCUAGGUCUUUUGGUUUCGAUGUUUUUACUCUUGAAGGUGAUGCUCUCCUGAGGUCUAUGAUUCAGUCCACGGUUGCUAUGUCCACGACUGAGGCGGAAUACAUGGCGGCGGCUGAGGUUGCAAAGGAAGCUUUGUGGCUUACAGGGUUAGUCAGGGAGUUGGGUAUUCAGCAAGGUGGAGUUCUGUUAUAUUGUGACAGUCAGUGUACCAUUUACUUGGCAAAGAACUAA